AAGAAGAAGAUCUGAUCAGCGUGUUGACUCUUCCAGGCUUCGCACUGUUAAAGAGGAACAGGAGCUGCAUUACUGCAGAAAUGAACAACCUCCUGGUGUGGAUCUUCUCCUCUGUGUGUUCAUCUUCACACACUGUUUAAAUUUACCUCAGCAUACACCCCAGGAGGAGCCACCAAAAUGAAUACACCAUACUGCUGAAAUCAGGACAGUAUAUAUGAGAGUAUGGCAUCCAAAAGAGGCUCUAGUACUCGGCAAAUGUCCAUAAGUACUCUCCACACUAAGAGAACUCACAAACGAACAAAGAAAACUAAAGACAAUGAGAGAAUUCACAUCUGCUUGGAGUGUGGAAAGAGUUUUAAUCAGCUGCGUACUCUCCAACACCACGAGCGCAUUCACACUGGAGAGAAGCCUCAUCACUGCUCAGACUGUGGAAAGAAUUUUAUUCAAAAGAGUAGUCUCCAAACACACCAGCGCGUUCACACAGGAGAGAAGCCAUUUCUCUGCUCAGAGUGUGGAAAAAGUUUUACUGUGAAGAGGCUUCUCCAACUACACCAGCACAUUCACACAGGAGAGAAACCGUAUCAGUGCUCAGAGUGUGGAAAGAGUUUUACUCAACAGAGUCAUCUGCAAACACACCAGCGCGUUCACACAGGAAUCAAACCUUAUUACUGCUCGGAAUGUGGGAAAAGUUAUACUCUACACAGUACUCUCCAAAAACACCAGCGCGUUCACACAGGAGAGAAACCGUAUCAGUGCUCAAUUUGUGGGAAGAGUUUUAAUCAGAAAAUUAAUCUACAAACCCACCAGCGCAUUCACACAGGAGAGAAACCGUAUCAGUGCUCAGAGUGUGGGAGAACUUUUAAUCAGAAAAGUAAUCUACAAACCCACCAGCGCAUUCAUACAGGAGAGAAGCCAUAUCGCUGCUCAGAGUGUGGGAAGAGUUUUACUCUACAGGGUAAUCUCCUGUCACACCAGCGCAUUCACACAGGAGAGAAACCGUUUUACUGCUCAGAAUGUGGGAAAAGCUUUACUCUACGGAAUUAUCUCCGAAAACACCAGCGCAAUCACAGAGAUACAUUAACUCAUAUCUGCUCAGAGUGUGGAAAGAGUUUUAAUCAGCUGUGUAAUCUCCAGCAACACCAGCGCAUUCACACAGGAGAGAAGCCUUAUCGCUGCUCAGAGUGUGGGAAACGUUUUACUCAACAGGGUCAUCUCCAAACGCACCAGCGCGUUCACACGGGAGAGAAACCGUAUCACUGUUCAGAGUGUGGGAAACGUUUUCCUGUCAAGAGGCUUCUCCAACUACACCAGUACAUUCACACAGGAAAGAAGCCAUAUCAGUGCUCAGAGUGCAGGAAGAGUUUCACUCAGCGGAGUCAUUUCCAAACCCACCAGCGCGUUCACACAGGAGAGAAGCCGUAUCUCUGUUUAGAGUGUGGGAAAACUUUUACUGCCAAGAAGCUUCUCCAACUACACCAGCACGUUCACACAGGAGAAAAACCAUAUCACUGUUCAGAAUGCGGGAAGAGUUUUACUCAACAGAGCCAUCUCCAAAACCACCAGCGCAUUCACACAGGAGAGAAACCGUAUUACUGCUCUAAAUGUGGGAAAAGUUAUACUCUACACAGUACUCUCCAAAAACACCAGCGCGUUCACACAGGAGAGAAACCGUAUCAGUGCUCAGAAUGCGGGAAGAGUUUUAAUCAGAAGAUUAAUCUACAAAAGCACCAGCGCAUUCACACAGGAGAGAAACCGUUUCAGUGCUCAGAGUGUGGGAAGAGUUUUAAUCAGAAGAUUAAUCUACAAAAGCACCAGCGCAUUCACACAGGAGAGAAACCAUAUCACUGCUCAGAAUGUGGGAAGAGUUUUACUCUACAGAGUAAUCUCCAAACCCACCAGCGCAUUCACACAGGAGAGAAACCAUAUAACUGUUCAGAGUGUGGGAAGAGUUUCACUCUACAGAAUUAUCUCCGAAAACAUCAACGCAUUCACACAGGACAGAAACCGUUUAACUGUUCACAGUGUGGGAAGAGUUUCACUCUACAGAAUUAUCUCCAAAAACACCAGCGUGUUCACACAGGAGAGACAAGAAACCACCACUGCUCAGAGUGCGGGAAAAGUUUUACUCAACAGAGUAAUCUCAACAGACACCAGCGUAUUCACACAGGAGUGAAACCACAUCACUGCUCAGAGUGUGGAAAGCGUUUUUAUCAACAGACACGUCUCCAGCGACACCAGCGCGUUCACACGGGAGAGAAGCCGUAUCGCUGUUCAGAGUGCGGGAAGAGCUUUACUCAACAGAGUAAUCUCAAAGCACACCAGCGCAUCCACACUGGAGAGAAACCGUAUCAUUGCUCUGAGUGUGGAAAGAGUUUCAAUCAGAAGGUUAGUCUCCAGCUGCAUCAGCGCAUUCACACAGUGGAAAAGUUGUAUCACUGCUCAGAGUGUGGGAAGAGCUUUACACUACAGGGUCAUCUCCAGAGACACCAGCGCAUUCACACUGGAGAGAAACCGUAUCACUGCUUAGAAUGUGGGAACAGUUUUAGAGAUACAAGUACUCUCAAAAAACACCAGCGCAUUCACACUGGGGAGAAGCCGUAUUACUGCUCAGAGUGCGGGAAGAACUUCAGGCAUUCAAAUUCGUUACAGAGACACAAAUGCAUUAAAAAGGAGGCAGAAAUCUAUGAAAUUUGUGUGUCAAUUUAAUAAAUGUUUUCAUUAUCAGUUUUUUAGGCUAGCCUUAAUGAUGCUUAAAUAGCUUGUAAUGAUGGCGGUUGUUAAUGCUGUAAAAGAGAAGGUUCCUGCUUUCUCUUGUGUGAUUUGUAUGCCUACAUGAUAUUGUGAUUGUGUGAUUAUUAUGCCUUACAAUCUACAAGUUUAGGCUCGGUAUCUUCAGGUCCAUGUCAUCUAUGGUUUUAGCACAUAUCAACCAUAGCACCAUACCUCCCAAAGCAGUGAAUGUUAUAAAACAUUGUGCUGAGAUCUGGUACCAUGUUCCUCUAAAGUAGGGUUGCCCAUUCCUGGUCCUGGUGAUCUACCACCCUGUAGAGUUCAGAUCCAGCACACCUGGCUCUAAUAUUCAGAUGCUUUUGGGGCCAGUUGCACCAACAGGUCUUAAUAAGGAUGAUCUUAACUGCUAAGUCGGUUGUAGAGAGAACUUUACGCCCAUCGCACCAACCAACCGGUGCAAAUGAGACUGGUUUUGGUGGUUUGAAUUCACGUAUAAACAUAUGUAAGCAACCUAGGUUACUAAGUAAAAACUUUCGCGUGCCAAUACCUGCUACUUGCAACACCAGGAAUAAUUUCUCCAACAAUGACACUUGCCUGUUGAUCAAGUUAUAGUAUCACGCUGAUAGAUAAACAUCCUGUUAAAAAGAUUAACAUGAGGUGGUUUGGUAGGACAGCAUCGUUUUGAACCGCGACCAUCCUAUUACUUAUUUUGGGGGUUUUGAACCCCUCCACCUUGACCAUGACAACCCUGAAACACCACAGCUCUUCCCAUUUCUCUGCGUGAGAGACGGGACUUAAGCUCUGGAAGAUCUGCUUUUAAUCGUAGUAUGUGCAAGGCGAGAACUUUAGCACAAGAUGGCUACCAAACGCACACAAGAAAAUGGGGUAAAAGGUACUUGCAGACAUCUGACAGCUCUUUCUAAACUUAGUAUGAACGAAGCAAUGUGUCUCUAUUUUUGCACAUUUGGCAGCACAGCUAAUCAUGUACUGUUGAUACACAAGUUAGUAGUUAUUGAAGUUAGCUUUUUAAUCGCUGCUGCAUGCUGUGCCAAUAACUCAAGCAGCAACUGGCACAAUGUACAGCAGCGCUUUACAAGCAAAGAACUAGCUUGUUUAGGUGGCCAAGAAGGCCUAGAAAAGGUCUGCAGUUUGAGAUUAUGGCUGCUUCCAAAUAGGCUUAAAAGUCACCAGUCUUAGUGAAAAUGUAGUUUACGACCAGUCGGCGCAGCGGUCCUAAAGUUAUGCCUGGAAAGUUAUAACUGUGGUAUCGGGCAACCCUCCUCUAUGGAAUGUUUGCAAGUUAGUUCACGGUUAUUUGGACAUGUCAUAGGCUUCAAAUAUGGACCACAACAGUUAGAAAAGCUUUUGUGAAUUGAGGAAAACCAAGAAAUUUAGAAGGUUGGUUGUCAUAUAGGUACUCUCCUAAAAUCUGAGUGUAUAAGCAGAUAAAUAUAACGUAUAGAACGUCUUUCCAGUUUUCUAAAGUUUAAAUAUUUUUUAUGUUCACCUUCUUGCUGACGAAAUGCCAGCUCGCUGCUGGUGUUCUAAUGGUCAUGGUAUGUAAUGUCAUGAAAAGAUCUCCUCCUGAAGUCUUAGAAGUAAUUUUGGUACCCCACUCAUUCACACUUGAAACAGAGAAAAUAAGCUAAGGACACCUGUUGACUGUUAAGCACAACAUGAAAACAUGAAAAAACUCUACUUUGCCGAUGGAGGUGUUAUGUUCGUGUCCCUGUUGGGAGCAGUAACAUUUGUAUCAAUUUCACAGUUUAGAAGCAGAGUUCUCUGUAUGCUACUGUGUUUCCUGUAUAAAAGACGAGUGAGGCUUCCUUUCUUGUUGGACUUUAUUAUUAUUGUUUUGUUUAUUCAGAGUAAUUAAAGCGUGACUGAUGUGUGACCUUUAUUUGCAUUCAUGUUUUCUUGUUAAAAAAGUUUGUGACGCAAACUGAAUAAAAGUCUCAGAAUUUUUUA